AAUGAGAGACAAAACUUUAUUAGCAAAGACAAAACAUGUCUUCUCCGAAGCACUGUCAUGCAAUGUAGCAGUGUAAUAUCUGAACUGUUGUUUUAACGUGUUAAGUAUCCUCACUGCCGAGUACUGAGGAGUGAAAUAAUCAGUCCACGCACUUUCUUUCACUUCUUCUCAUUGAACUGGAAAGCGACUAACUGCAACGCAUGAGCCACUCACUGUACUUCACCUGCACGUUUUCCACUGCUUUGGCUCAGACUGAAAGUUACCAGCUCACCUGUGCACCUGGUAAAUGCUGAGAUGCUUCACCGGUCGUUGUGGUCCAGACUGGGAGCUCAGCUGCUUGUAGAGAGGAAACCAGUCUGCUUAUGCGCCACAGCCGGUCUUCAUCAGUCUGUUCAGACACACAAGUACGAAACCAAACCCAGGACUCACUCGGAUCUGUCUUUCCCAUGGAUCUCCUCAAGGAUCUCUGCUUUGAACACUCUUCACCAAAAGCAGGAGCUCAGAAGAGGUGUCCUCCCUGCUCUGUGUGGAUCUAAAAGUGUUUCUAGCAUCUUGUUUCCUGGGCCGGGGAUGCUGACUAAAUGGAGAAGUGGACAGACACGUUUUUAUUCACCUGACCUUGUAAAGUCAGUGUUAAAACCAACUCUCAAAGCAACUCUGAAAGCAACUCUAAAACCUGCAAUAGUGCCUGGAAGAAAGGCUCCCAAAGGACCAAGAACGAAACAACCAUCUCGAGCCAAUCAGCCUUCCCUGACUGUGGACCAGGAUAUGAUGCAGUGUAUCGCCUACGCCACAGCAGAUCAGUAUCAUUUGCCGACACUCUGCCACGACUUGAUAAACAACGACUUCAAUGAGAUCGAUCUACCCCGAGAUGCCUCAAAUGUGCUGGUGAUAAGUGCGAACAUGGCUGCUAAACCAGCUGAUGAUGCUCUGAUGUUCUUCUUCAGGGAGGGCUCAGUUGUUUUCUGGAAUGUUGAGGAUAAAACGAUGAAAAGGGUGUUGAGAAUAUUGGAGCGGCAUGAAAUCCAGCCUUAUGAAGUAGCGUUGGUUCAUUGGGAAAAUGAGGAGAUCAACUACACAGUUGGGGAGGGCAGUACAAAGCUUGAGGGUGGAAACUUCAUGCUGAGUGACCAGAUAGAUCAGCAUGAAGCUGUUCUAGAUAAAUUUGCAUUUUCGAAUGCUCUGUGUUUGUCAGUGAAGCUGGCGAUAUGGGAGGUAGCACUGGACAAUUUUGUCGAGUCUAUUCAAUCAAUUCCAGAGUUGUUGAAGUCUGGCAAAAGAGUGAAGUUGUCCUCAGCAGAGGUUAUGAAGAAGAUAGGGGAGCUUUUUACAUUAAGACACUGCAUAAACCUGAGGUCCGACCUGCUCCUCACACCUGACUUCUACUGGGACCGAGAAAACCUGGAGAAACUCUACGAUAAGACCUGCCAGUUCCUCAGCAUUAACCGACGGGUCAAUGUUGUGAAUGAGAAGCUGGAACAUUGCACACAGUUAACAGAUCUGAUGAGGAGCCAUCUGAGUGAGAAGCACAGUUUGAGGCUGGAGUGGAUGAUCGUCGUCCUCAUUACCAUUGAGGUUAUGUUCGAACUUGCAAAAAUGAUAUUCUGAACAUCUCCUUCAGCAACGCUCAAAUAUCAAAAGGGCAACUGAAGCUCCAAAGGAAGAAUGCUGCACUAUACAAAGGUACUUUGUCAGUGAUACGUGACUGUUUGUUUUUUUCUGGGAGCAACUGAAAUCUGAAAAGUGGACCUCAAUAGACUUGAAUGUCUUACUGCUCUUGCGUUCGUUAAAACAUUUCAACAACACAAUAAAUCUGUUUAUCCUCAUAUUUUUGGUGUAUUGCUGAAUAUCGCCGCCUCAAUUUUUGCAGAUCUUAACCGAACAUUUGCUGCUUACUGCUGUCUUGUACACAUGUGACAUUAAAAGGGGUUUUUAACUUUGUGAUCAGCUGUCCAAAGAUUCAUGUUUUUGGGUUUUGUUUUCAUAAUUCCUUUUUACAUAAUGUGGGAAUGUUUAUCAAUCUCUUUCAUUGUGAAGUUUUUUAGAGGACUGGGUGAGAGGGCAGAGUCUCAUCCGGACAUGUGAUAUCCUUCAUGUGAAUGAAAUCUAGCAGUAAAAGUCAUAUUUAUUCAAUUUCAUCUGGACGGAAAAUCUCCAGUUGUGAGUGCUGUGUAAAAACAAUGCAAUAAAGUGUUUGUUUUAAAUGUU